AUGGCAUUCCAAGGCACGCCUGCACACACGCGACCAAGUGUCACCCGCAACACCACGAGUUCGUCGGUGGCGACUGUCAGCACGAUCUGCAGCACCCCCAUUGAGGAAAUGCGCAACUUCGGUGACAGCUGGUUCGAGAGCCAAGCCACCUCACUUGCCGAGUACUACAAGCAAAAGGAGCUGAAGAAGACGGCUGCCACCCCUGCCCUCAAAGGCUACGGCGAGGCUUACUUCGAGGGCUUUGCGGCCCAAUACGAGGCCUAUCAAACCAAGCGUGCUGCCGCGUGA